AUGCUAGGUCGCAUGGGUAUGUCGACUGAAGAAGCCAUCAACGCAUACGAAAGUUUCGCAAAGGACGUUUUUCACAAGAAGAACCGCAGGCGGUGGUGGAACAGAACUUAUAAAGAGGAAACACUCGUCAAGAUCAUACAAGACAAUGUAACCAAGAAGAAGCUCGCAAAGACCACGAUGCUCGACGACACGAGGGAAAAGGGGCUCACUUUUGUAUGCUCAGCCACGUAUGACACCUAUGCAGCCUACCUUUUCCGAACGUACAAAGGGAGCAGCAACUGCGCCCACGAUGUGGAAAUUUGGGAGGCGGCAAGGGCAACGUCGGCGGCACCGACAUUCUUCCACCCAAUCUCCAUCAAGGUCGGGGCGGAGAGAAACCAGUACGUUGACGGAGCCGUAGUCUACAAUAACCCCGCCAGCCUUGUCCUGAAUGAGGCCGAGUCUUACUUCGGCAAAAGGAGAACGUUGGGCUUCCUCCUCAGCUUGGGCACCGGACUUAAAGUCUCCGAUAAGGAAGUCAAUGUAGUUCCUCAAGGGCAGGCUAUAGAUCGUCCAGUUAUGGCCAGACAAGGCAGCGGCGCCCUAUUAUCAAGCGGCACGAUAAAGAUUGCCAAGCAUGCCAAAGCAUCGCUGACUGAUUCCGAGCCCGAGCACCAAGCCUUAGAGCACCGGUUUCAAGGAACACCCUACGCGUAUUGGCGGUUGAAUUUAGACCGUGGCGCUGCGGAUAUUAAGCUGAAUGAAUACGAGAAGAUGGGGUUGUUGCGGGCGGCAACGGAGAGGUACAUCCAAGGCCCUGAAGUCUCUGACCAUAUCGACAAAAUCGCCAGCAUGUUGUAUGCAAAGGAGGGCGUCAACCUGUCUCUUGAUGCCGCAUGCCACGCGGUAUCCGAAGAAGCCUCGAAGCAAGCCGUUGAGCAAGAGGUUCAGAUCAACAGCAUUGCAAGCCCUCAAUUCACUGGUAGAUUAGACAUACUCAACAAGAUGGAACAAUACUUUUGCGAACGCCCGUCCGGAUCUUCACCUAGAAGACACCUCAGAAUUUGGGGCAUGGGAGGAGUUGGGAAGACGCAGAUUGUCCUCAGAUUUAGAGACUUGUACGGGUCGAGCUUCGAUCUGCGAAAGUUUCAGAUUGCUAACGGCUGA